GCCCACAGCUCGGUGCGGUCUCGGCCGAACGGUCCGUGGUGUUAAGCCCUCUCAGGUGUCUGCUGCAGAGCGCAGGCUCCUCCCCCAACCAGCUACGACCGGACUGUCAGAAGAACAGGAAGACUCCUACGUACCUAGAUAGGCUUCCCCUGUCACACGGGGGGUUCAAAAGUUAAAACAAACUUGUAGCAGUCAUGGAAACGAAUUUAUGAGACGCAGUCGCGCCGAGUCAGCCGUGCUAUAGUCGCCGAAAUAACUCGAGGAAGUGGGGAGAGCGGAGUUUUUUGUAUUUUGUUUUUCUCUCCACGGAGACUUUACCUUCUGUCGUCAGUCAGACGAGCUAGCUUAGCUAAAGCUAACGGGUAGCUCAGUUACUACCGCUAAUUUUCAGGACCUAAAAUUGACUUUGUUUCACAAAGCUUUGGGUGGUGUUUCAUACGGACAACUCCGGGUAGAAUAAGUCCUCGGUUGUAUUAUAUUGACGCCACGUACUUUUUUCAUACUUUACGUCCCGAGGACGUGGGGCUGUGUUUUGAAUUUCCCUCCUUCAGUGAUACGGAGGGGCUGCUUAGCGAGGGGCUCGUUCGGCGUAGCUUACUUGGCUCUCCACCAAUUCAUUAGCAACCUUGUGCUAAUUGUGGCUAAGUUAGCCAAGGCCCCGGGGAAUCAACGAUUGGCUUUUUUUCUCAAAAGUUCAAAAAGACCGUAAGAGGAAACAUUUUCUUUUAGUUUUUUUUUUACGUUUGAGCGAAGGGAGAUUACCGCCACGCGGGUUUAUUCUAACACCCAAUUCAAAGACACGGAUUAAUUUAUAAAUAUGGAUCCGAACACGGGGAGCUCUGCCUCGGCUGCUGGUCCUAAGAAGGACAAGAAGCCAAAGAAGUCCUAUGAGGAUGGAGAAGGGAAGAAGAAAUUUACACUCAAACGCCUGAUUCCUGAUGAGCUGGAACGUUUCACCAGCAUGAGGAUGAAAAAGGACAAAGAGAAGCCCGGCCAAGCGCCAAGUCACCGACACUCUUCAGCAGCCAGCUACGAGAUCAGCGCUCAGAGCGCGGUGCUGCAGGAUCACCCCGACGAAUACGUGCUGGAGCUCUUUGAACAGAUGCUGGUGGAUAUGAACCUGAAUGGGGAGAAGCAGCAGCCUCUGAGGGCAAAAGACAUUACGAUCAAGCGGGAGAUGGUCUCCCAGUACCUCCACACGUCUAAAGCCGGUCAGAACCAGAAGGAGAGCUCCAAAUCAGCCAUGAUGUACAUCCAGGAGCUGAAGUCUGACUACCGAGACGCGCAGCUACUGAGCUGCCUCGAGUCUCUGCGAGUCUCCCUCAAUAACAACCCUGUCAGUUGGGUGCAGACCUUUGGAAACGAGGGGCUCGCCUUGCUGCUCAACCUGCUUAAGAGACUACAGGAGGACAAAGACGAAUACCCAAUGGUGGGAGUGAAAUGUCAGCAUGAGAUCAUUCGCUGUUUAAAAGCCUUCAUGAACAACAAGCACGGUCUAAAAUCCAUGCUGGAGUCAGAUGAGGGAUUUCCUCUGCUGGUCAAAGCCAUCAACCCUCAGGUGCCUCAUAUGAUGGUGGAUGCUGUCAAGCUGCUCUCUGCAAUCUCAAUAUUGGAACAUCCUGAGAACCUUCAUGAGCGUGUUUUGGAGGCCAUCACCGAGGAGGCAGAGAGACGGGACAUUGAGAGGUUUCAGCCGCUCCUUGCUGGCAUGGGAAAACCCAACGUUGCUCUGAAGGGUGGCUGCAUGCAGCUAAUCAAUGCCUUGAUAAGCCGGGGAGAAGAGCUUGACUUCAGGAUCCAUAUUCGCUCCGAACUGCAAAGAUUGGGUCUCAAAGACCUGCUGACGGAGGUGCGGAUGAUAGAAAACGAAGAGCUGAGGGUGCAACUCACAGUGUUUGAUGAGCAGGCUGAAGAUGACUCUGAGGACCUCAAAGCACGUCUUGAUGACAUCCGCAUUGAGAUGGAUGAUGUGAGGGAAGUGUUUGAGAUCCUUGUCAACACUGUGAAGGACUCCAAAGGUGAAUCGCACUUCCUGUCCCUGAUGCAGCACCUGCUGCUAAUCCGCAAUGACUAUCUGGCCAGGCCUCAGUACUACAAGUUGAUAGACGAGUGUGUUGCUCAGAUCGUGCUUCACAGGAAUGGAGCCGACCCCGACUUCAAGUGCCGUCACCUCAGUCUCAACGUUGAAGGCUUGAUAGACAACAUGGUGGACCAGACCAAGGUAGAAGCCAGCGAGGCCAAGGCCGCCGAGAUGGAAAAGAAGCUGGAUGCUGAGUUGAUGGCCCGCCACGAGCUGCAGGUGGAGCUCAAGAAGCUCGAGGGCGACUAUGAGCAGAAGCUGCAGGACUUGAGCCAAGAGAAGGAACAGCUGUCCACUUCUAAGCAGGAGCGGGAGAAGGAGAACCAGGGACUCCAGCAGCAGCUCGGCACUCUCAAGCAGCAGAUUGAAAAGCUGUCCAAAGAUCUGGAAGAGGCCAAAACCAAAGUAGUCACAAUCACUGUUCCUCUGCCGCCUCUCCCCGGCCAAAAUGCAGUAUGCCCCCCUCCACCCCCUGCGCCUCCUCUCCCGCCUAUGUCAGGCCACGCAGGCCUACCUCCUCCUCCAAUCCCCCCUCCUUUACCGGGUCAUGCCGGCAUUCCUCCGCCACCUCCUUUACCAGGCAUGCCAAGACCUCCUCCACCCCCCUCCCCUCCCUGGCAUGCCGGCCUCCUCCACCCCCCGCCCCUCCCUGGCAUGCCUGGACCUCCACCACCUCCGCCCUUACCUGGGAUGGGACCUCCACCACCCCCCCCGCUGCCCGGGUUUCCCGGUAUCCCCCCGCCACCGCCGGGCCCAGGCAUGCCUCCACCUCCACCAUUUGGCAUGGGGGGCUGGGGGGCCCCUGCACCACCCUCACUGCCUUACGGGCUCCAGCCUAAGAAGGACUACAAGCCUGAAGUCCAGCUGAAGAGAGCCAACUGGAGCAAGAUUGGACCCGAGGACCUCACUGAGAAAAGUUUCUGGACCAAGGCGAAGGAGGAGAUUUUAGAAAACAAUGAGCUCUUUGCCAAACUCACCUUGGCCUUCUCCGCACAGACAAAGUCCACCAAAGAUGCCUAG